AUGACCUCAUAUGAGCUUCCUGAUGGACAGACAAUUGAAAUUGGUGCUGACAGAUUCAAGAUUCCUGAUGUAUUAUUUAAUCCGUCUCUAGUACAGACUAUACCUGGUAUGGAAAGUUCUGCAGAGAUUGCUUCAUCUGCUCGUGGUCUGCCACAAAUGGUCGUUGAGAGCAUAAACAAGUGUGAUGUUGACAUACGAAGAGAACUCUAUAGCAGUAUACUGCUUUCGGGUGGGACAGCAUCAAUGCAACAAUUGAAAGAACGUCUUGAGAAAGAUUUACUGGAGGAAUCUCCGCAAGCCGCAAGGGUUAAAGUGUUGGCGAGUGGAAAUGCUACAGAAAGAAGAUUCAGUGUUUGGAUCGGUGGGAGUAUAUUGGCAUCGCUCGGCUCCUUCCAGCAAAUGUGGUUCUCAAAGUCUGAGUAUGAAGAGCAUGGGGCAUCUUACAUUCAGCGUAAAUGCCCUUAG